AAAUAAUCUAUCUACCAGUGCGUGUGCUCAUCCGUGCACGCCGGCAAUGGUGUCCUCCGCCCGUGCGCUCAUCGGCCUCCUCGUCGCCGCGGCCUCCCUCGCCGUCGCGCUCUCGGAUGGCGGCGGGAUGGCGGCGCCGGUGUACGGGUACGCGGCGGGGAGCCCCAACGGGCCGGAGAACUGGGGGAAGCUGAGCCCCGCGUACAAGCUGUGCGGGGAGGGGAAGCAGCAGUCGCCGAUCGACAUCGUCACCAAGCAGGCCGUCCCCGCCGCCACCCUCGACACCCUCAACCGCACCUACGGCGCCACCAACGCCACGCUCAUCAACGACGGCCACGACAUCACGCUGGCGCUCGAGGGCAAGGUUGGGACGGUGACGGUGAACGGCAAGGCGUACAGCUUCGAGAAGCUGCACUGGCACUCGCCCUCCGACCACACCAUCAACGGCCAGAGGUUCCCGCUGGAGCUGCACCUGGUCCACAGGAGCGCCGACGGCGCGCUGGCGGUCAUCGGGAUCCUCUACCAGCUGGGCGCCCCGGACUCCUUCUACUACCAGCUGAAGCGGCAGCUGGGCGAGAUGGCCCAGGACCGGUGCGACUUCGCCGAGGAGGAGGAGUCGCGGGUGGAGGCCGGCCUCAUCCACCUGCGCUCGCUGCAGAAGCGCACCGGCAGCUACUUCCGCUACACGGGCUCCCUCACCGUGCCGCCAUGCACCGAGAACGUCGUCUGGAGCGUCCUCGGCAAGGUGCGCCAGAUCAGCCAGGACCAGCUGCAGCUGCUCAAGGCGCCGCUGCCCGGGAGCGACGCGCGCCCCACGCAGCCGCUCAACGGCAGGACCGUCCAGUUCUACAACCCGCCCAACAGCACCAUCUCCUUCCAGAUCUAACACUAAAAAGUACUUUGGAAUCUUUAAUAUAGUGUAACUCUGUUUAUGAUAAAUCAAUAUUCUAUCAUUUGUAUU